AUGGAGCCUUACUUUCCCCUCCUGUUUUAUUGGUUUUGCAGUGCUUACACCACAUCAGUGAUUCCAGUCAAGAAGGUUGGUUCCAGCUGCUUGUUGCAACUGUUGUAUCAAGGGACCAAGUUCAUGGCUAGCUGCCUACUUGUGGUCACCACAAUGUUUCAUUUGGACCGUCCAAUGUACCUACUGGGGUAUCUGGCAAAUCAAAGUAGGGUUUAUCUCAUUGACAAAGAGUUCAAUGUUAUAGGAUACACAUUACUCCUCAGCUUGAUCGAGUACAAGACACUUGUGAUGCGUGGUGAUCUGGAGCGAGCAAAUGAGGUCUUAUCAUCAAUUCCUAAGGAGCACCACAAUAGUGUGGCCCGUUUCCUGGAAUCUCGAGGAAUGGUAGAGGAAGCAUUAGAAGUUGCUACUGACCCUGAUUACAGAUUUGAACUAGCAAUACAACUAGGGAAGUUAGACAUUGCUAAGGAAAUUGCUUUAGUAGCUCAUAGUGAAUCCAAGUGGAAGCAGUUGGGCGAACUUGCUAUGUCUUCUGGAAUGUUAGAGUUGGCAGAGCAAUGCUUGAAGCAAGCAAAUGACUUGAGUGGUUUGUUAUUACUCUACUCUUCUCUAGGAGAUGCCGAGGGAAUAACUGAACUUGUAUCUCUUUCCAAAGAGCAUGGGAAAAAUAAUGUUUCAUUCCUUUGUCUUUUCCUGUUGGGUAAAGUGGAAGAGUGCAUUCAGCUAUUGAUUGACAGCAAUCGGCUACCUGAGGCUGCAUUUAUGGCGCGAUCUUAUUUACCUAGUAAAGUAUCUGAAAUAGUUGAAAUUUGGAGAAAAGACCUUAACAAGAUUAACCAAAAAGCUGCUGAGGCUUUAGCUGAUCCCAAAGAUUACCCUAACCUGUUUGAAGACUGGCAAGUUGCACUUGCAGUUGAAUCUACUGUUGCUGAGACGAGAGGAAACCUUCCACCUGCAUCUGAAUAUUUUAAUCAAGCUGAUAGAUCAACAACCAACCUCGUGGAGGCUUUCAGGAACAUGAGGAUGGAUGAAGAGGAACCCCUUCAGAAUGGAGACUUGGAUCAUGAGGUUGCAGACCAGAAUGGGGAUGAGGUGCAAGAUGAUGCUCAAGAAGAGACUGUUCUGGUGGAUGCUGACUCCGUGGAUGGUGCAGUACUUAUUAAUGCAAAUGGGACUGAAGAACAGUGGGGUACGAAAAAUGAAGGAAAAGAGUCGGCCUAA